AUGAAUCAACACACUUCCAAGGUCGAUGUGCUCAUAAUCGGGGCUGGACCGUCAGGUCUUAUGCUAGCAACAUGGAUGGCUCGCAUGGGCGUCACGACUCGCAUCGUCGAUAGGCGGUUUGACAGGUUAAACAGCGGUAAACAAAAGGCAAGCCGAUGGAUUACAGAGCAGAACUUUCGAAGUACGAGACUAGCCGUAUCGUGCCUGUUUGUGCAAAGCUUACCCUUAUCUAAACAGAUUUUUGAUUCUCUUGGAUUCGGUCAAGACAUUUGGCGCGAAGCAAACCACAUGUUGGAGAUUCGAUUUUGGAACCCCGACGAGAACCAAAACCUGUAUCGAUCUGACAGAAUGGUCGACACAAAGCCUGGCCUAAGCCGAUUCCAGCAAGCAACUCUGCACCAAGCACGCAUUGAGGACUAUCUUCUCAAGUAUAUUGAGAAGUAUAGCGAUAUUGGAGUCGAAUACGGCAUGAUGCCAGAGUCCCUCGAAGUUGAUCCCGAUCUGGUAGAGGGCGACGAUUACCCUAUCUCAGUUGUCCUUCGGUCCAGUCCCAAACCCGGUCCAGAAUCUCGGGUACCUGGCGAUGACACGGACAUUCCCAAUGGACUUCACAGAAGUAACCUAACGGCCGAUGUCACAGACACCCUGUUACGAGAUGCUCAGAAUACUCAAGGCACGAGCACGGAAAGGGUCCUGGCAAAAUACGUAGUUGGUUGUGAUGGUGCACAUUCCUGGACUCGGCGGCAGAUCGGAUGCGUCAUGGAAGGCGAUCACACAGAUUUCGUUUGGGGGGUUCUCGAUAUCAUUCCCAUUACUGAUUUUUCUGACAUUAGAUAUCGCUGUGCUAUCCACUCGGCAUCAGGAAGCAUGAUGGUUAUCCCUCGCGAAGACAAAUAUGUUAGGCUAUAUAUUCAGGUUACAGAGGUUGACGAAAACGGCAAAGCGAUUGACCGCUUCAAGAUCACUCCGGACAACUUGAUUCUGGCAGCAAACAAAAUUCUCUCUCCAUACAAACUCUCCUACAAGCACUGCCAUUGGUGGACAGCGUAUGGUAUUGGACAGCGGGUGGGAUCAAAAUUUGAUUUACAUAACCGUGUCUUCCUUGCUGGUGAUGCAGUUCAUACUCAUAGCCCCAAGGCAGGUCAAGGCAUGAAUAUCAGUAUGCAUGACACAUUCAACCUUGGAUGGAAGCUAGCUUCCGUCGUAAAAGGAUGGGCGAACCGAUCGCUGCUCGAAACAUACAGCAGCGAACGUGGACAAAGCGCAAGAGAACUGAUAGAGUUUGAUCAGAAGUUCUCUCGACUAUUCUCAGGCCGACCUGCAACCGACAUCAUGGAUAAGGAGGGCAUCGAUCUCAAGACGUUCAAGGAAGUGUUCGAGAAGGGUAACUUGUUUAGCAGCGGCUGUAAUGUUGACUAUGCCGCAAGUCUCAUCGUCGCCAAACCCGGACUCGCAGCAGCUAAUGGGCUACGUUCCGUGAUUGGCAAACAGUCGCUCGCUCCCAACAUCAUCAUGGGGAAGCGUAUCCCAAGCCAUAAGGUCCUAAACCAGGCGGAUGCGAGACCCUGGCACCUUCAAGAGCUUCUGCCUAGCAACGGUACAUGGAGACUUCUCGUUUUCGCUGGAGACUUACUCGACCAGACUCAAUUUGCUCGACUCUCGGCGCUUGCAGAUAGGUUAAGCUCACCCGAUUCGUUCAUCAAUCGAUACAAGCUCAAGGGAGAUGGGAAGAUGGCCUCUUUGUUUGAGAUCUUGACUAUCCAUUCGUCUCCAUACGAAAAGGUUGAGCUACUCUCUCUGCCCGAGGUCUUUCAUCCAUACUCAGAGGAAUAUGGCUGGGACUACAAUAAAGUCUAUGUAGACGAUAAUUCCUACCACGAAGGACAUGGCCAAGCAUAUCAGAAUUACGGCAUUGAUGCUAAGAGAGGCUCCGCGAUUAUUCUUCGGCCUGAUCAAUAUGUUAGUUGGAUUGGAGAGUUGGAAGAUGUUGAUAGUAUGAACGACUUUUUCAAAAGUAUCUUUCGGUUUUCGAAACCCAGUUAG